GCUCACUCUCCCUAAAGGAGGGAGCGAGGCAGAGACACAGAGAGGGGAUUGAGAGGAGCAGGAGAGGAGGCUAUCUCUGGGCUGCUCUCCACUGCAGCGUCUGGCUUUCACUAAAAGGUCUGUGACCGUGUUUUUCCUGCGCUUGUUUGCCUAAUUUAUUCCUGCCGGGGCCAGCAGAGAGAAAGACGGAAAAAAAAAAAAAAAAAAAAAGGACAGGCAGAAUAGUAAAGAGUGCAACAGUACACCCUGACUCGCUGACAGGGAAUGCAGAGAGGUUCUGGCCUCUGGUUGUUACUGCUGGAUGGACAAGCACUGACAAAACAAGAGAAGGGGGAGAGAGACAACACUUUGUGGAGCUUUGAGAGAAGAGAAGAGAACUGCGACUAAGGAGAUUACUCAACUCUGCUUUUGUUCUGGCUUGUUGUUUUUUCUGUGACAUUUGAGCCUCUGACACCACAGACUCUGAGGAGUUGGAGGAGCCUGGAGAAAACAUAAUUUCACCACAGACAGCAGGAGAGGAGGACGUCUUUCAAGAACUCUGUUGCUGCAGAAACCAGAUUUUCUGGGAGUCAAAGGAGUGUAUUGUUUUUUUUCUCAGCGCGCUUCUCAUUUUAAUAUCAAGUGUGGGAUCAUCGUCUACAUAUGGUUAUUUUGAGGGCACAAAGGUUCCUGAGCCAAAAUACUUGUCGAGUUGUCUUUUAUUUUUCCUCUUCAUCACUAUCACCUCUGCUUCUAUAACAGCCUCGACAAGUCAAGAGUGCGUCUGGACUAGAACUGCCUCAGAUCAGCAGAUAACACCUCUGCACGGCAGGAACUGGUUGGACUAGUUUAUAAGUUGGAGGAGAGGGCAGGGCAGUUUAACCCUGCCUGAAGGAGAGUUGUGUUUUAUUUUCCUCCCACUUGUUUGUCCUUCUGGGAGAAAGUCGUGCACCGAGGGAGAGGGGCUGAGCUUCUUCUUUUAUUUGGAGAGCAACUCUUGUUUUGUCCCUCGCCACUGUGCCUAGGGAUUUGUGAGGUGUUUUUUGGGGUUUUUUUUACCUUCUUCCAGGGGGGAGACAGAGAGAGAAAGUGAGAGGGAGGGAGAAAGAAAGAGGGAGUCAAAGUGUAAUUUAUUGUUUCCUGUGAAAAGAGCAAGGCUGCACCCUUUUCUCCUGCUUGAACUCUGAACCACUAAAUGUGUGUCUGAAGUUUUCUCAGACCUUGGGAGCCAUUGAUCAGAGGUCAGGGCAGAAAACAGAGGGGUGAAAGACAAGAACAGAGACAGCAGAGGGAUUAAAGAAGAGAGAAAAAACAGCACUGGGAGGGACCUCCAGGUCAGUCCAAGCAGACUGCAAAGGGGGUAAAGGUCAACACCGUGGAGCCCGGGACAACUUUUCAUUUUUUUUCAUCAUUUUUGGACGAAGCCUGCCCUGAAUUACAAACCUGGAGCCACUGUCUUUGAGUCUGGAAUCAGUUUUUAGACUCUGAAGGUAUUUGGAAGCUGGGGGACAGGGCGGCGCUGUGUAUGAUCCACUCACUGGACUGCGUGUCUCAGAGAAUAUGGCCAUGGUGAGCGGGGGAUGGGGCAACCCCAACGGGGACACUAAUGGACUGGGGGAGAAGGCUUACCUGAGGAGGGAGGAAGAGGACGGAUCGCCACAGGCCGGCAGCAGCGAUGUGGACGUUGGGGACGAGGACAAGGCCUGUGUGGUGGACUGUGUGGUGUGCGGGGACAAGUCCAGCGGGAAGCACUACGGCGUGUUCACCUGCGAGGGCUGCAAGAGCUUCUUCAAGAGGAGCAUCAGACGAAACCUCAACUACUCCUGCAGAUCAAAUCGUGAAUGCCAAAUCGACCAGCAUCACCGCAACCAGUGCCAAUACUGUCGACUGAAGAAAUGUUUCCGAGUUGGGAUGCGCAAAGAAGCUGUCCAGCGGGGUCGGAUCCCUCCGUCUCACUCAGGUAUCAGUCCAAACUCCCUGGCUGGUGGAGUUGGAGGUGCAGGGCCAGGUCACAUUGGGGCAGAUUAUUUCAACGGGCAGCCGGUUUCAGAUCUCAUCUCCCAGCUCCUCCGGGCCGAGCCGUACCCCAGCAGCCGUUACGGGGCCCCUUACAGCCAGACACAGAUGCAGGCAUCUGCGAGCGGAGGCUCAGUCAUGGGCAUCGACAGCAUCUGUGAGCUGGCAGCCCGGCUCCUCUUCAGCACCAUCGAGUGGGCCAGAAACAUCCCAUACUUCCCAGAACUGCCCGUCUCAGAGCAGGUGGCUCUGCUGAGGCUGAGCUGGAGCGAGCUCUUCAUCCUGAAUGCUGCUCAGUCUGCUCUGCCCCUGCACAUGGCUCCUCUGCUGGCAGCAGCUGGGUUUCACUCGUCCCCCAUGUCUGCUGAGCGUGUGGUGUCCUUCAUGGACCAGGUCAGGGUUUUCCAGGACCAGGUGGACAAGCUGAACAGGCUGCAGGUGGACACAGCCGAGUACAGCUGCCUCAAAGCCAUUGCACUGUUUUCACCUGAUGCAUGUGGUCUGACAGACCCGGCCCAUGUAGAGUCCCUGCAGGAGAAGGCCCAGGUCGCCCUGACAGAGUAUGAAAGGUUGCAGUAUCCCAACCAGCCUCAGCGAUUUGGUCGCUUACUGCUGCGUCUCCCUGCUCUGCGUGCCGUGCCGGCCAACCUUAUCUCCCAGCUCUUCUUCAUGCGGCUUGUGGGCAAGACGCCGAUCGAGACGCUGAUCCGAGACAUGCAGCUAUCAGGGAGCUCCAUCAGCUGGCCCUACGCCCCGGGACAGUAAACCCCAGUGACUCCUGAGUGAGACGGACUGAGAUCAGAUUGGGGAAGGAUACAGAGAUCACAAAGAUAACACACAAACUGAAUGUUAUGAAUACAAACUGGGAUCCUAUUUGUGAGUGUGGAGGUCAGUUGUUCCUACUUUAGCCCUGGUAAAGUUUGGUGGUAGUCAAACCAAAGCUGCUUUCAGGGAAACAAAAAUGUACAAAUCUUCAUAUAUAUGUUUGCCGCACUUAGUUUUCUCUGACCUUCAUCUGCUCUCUCUUUGUCUCAUUCUGGACAAAAAACAGGGCUUUAACUGAAAUGCAGACUCUAACAUGAGGCCAUGUGCCCGUACUACCUCCUCCCAUAUCACCCCUUAUGUGACUCAGUUUGAACCCAGGCGCUGUGUCUUUUCCCUCUGCUUUGUUUUUGAGUCAAAAUGAAGCCAUAGCAGUGCCACUUUUACAGGCAGAGCUUUAUAUCGUCACAGCUGGUACAUAUUGUGCAGGUUGUGUAAUGUUUGAUAUGUGGGAUGAAAUAUCAGACUUUGUUACCAAAUGUAUUUGUGAAGACUGCAAAGCAUCAGCAUUAAAACAAAGAAGAGACAUGAGCAUUGUACUGUAUAUUGCACUAUAUAAAGUACAACCAAGAAAUAGUUUGUAUGUUAUAUACUUAAAGGAAUAGUUUAGCAUUUUGGGGAUUAUGCUUUGCUUUGAUUGAUACCACUCUCACAUCUGUAUGGUAAAUAUGAAUCUAAAGCUAGCACCUAUUUAGCUUAGCUUGAAACAGCUAGCCUAGUUCUGUCUGAUGCUGACAAAAUCCACUCUCCAGCAACUCUAAAGCUCACUAGUUAACAUGCUAUCUCUUUUGGUUAACAUGUACAAAAAUUAAAUGGUAAAAACAACAAUUUACGGUUUUAGAGGUUAUGUGCCAGACUGUUUUUUGGCUCUGAGCAGUUGCCAGAAAAACCAGCAGGGAUGUCAGAAAGUUACUGGGCCUGGCAAAGAAAUAGCAGAUAAUCCCCGUAAACCAGUGAAUUGUUGUUUUUAUGCUUUUUGUUUUUGUCAGAGAUAUAACCUUUAAAGACAAUCUUUAGCAAUGAUAGCCGUGAUAGGUGGAUAUUUUACCUUUGAACAAAGCCAGGCUAGCUGUUUCCCCCUGUUUCCAGUCUUUAUGCUAUGCUAAGCUAACCAGCUGCUGGUUCCAUCUUUAUAAUUACCGUACAGACAUAAGAGAGGAAUCGAUCUUCUCAUCUAACUCUUGGCAAGAAAGCAAAUAACUGUAUUUUCGAAAAUGUUGAGCUAUUCCUGUAAUAUUGUAUAUUAUACAACACAAACGUUCUUGAAAUCCACAAGAAGUGGAGGUGAAUGUGCUCAGACACACCCUGGCUCCUCAGACAGUCACAUCCCUGUCUAACAUUAUUACCUCAUGUUUUAUACAUCAAAGAUUGUGUAGUGAAAUAUUCAUGAAGUAAAGAUAAAUAUAAAGGGAUCAAGUUAUCACUAUCACUAUCAUAUCAAAGACCCGUCUAUCCACCAGACUUACCCAAUAUAUAUUUGAAAAUGUUUUAAAAUGUAAAGUUUGAUGUAACAGGACUCCUAAAGUUUGACAGAUCAUUCUCAGAAAGCGACACUGAGUCAAAUAACUCAUAUAAACAUAAAUAUAUGUUUUUCUGCUUAAUCUCUGCAAACAGGACACUGUUUUCUUGUUGUUAUAAGGGUAGAGGUAGUUCAUUUUGAUUUUAUUCACAUUUUCGAUCCCCUUUUAAAAGCACGUCCUAACGGACCGAGGUCACUUUCAAGCAAUUACUUCACUUAUGCAAGGUACUCUGAGUUGUUGAGGUGUAAAGGUUAUAGUGUUUGUUGGUACUGAGAUGAAGGGUACUAAGUAGUUCAGGAGUGUCCGUGCCAUGAACCGCAGCUCAAUAUGAGCUCAUGAUUUUUUUGGUAUAAAUUUUUGUAUUACCUGUUAUUAUAUCAUAAAAAAGGCAACAAUGACCAUGAUCCUUGAUACUGUCAAACAACUUCAUCAAAAGCUCAUCAUGCUGUCCCUGAAUCACAUUGUGUUAUUGUCAGAAUAUAAACUAUAGUGAUUUGACUGUGUAGCUUUACAUUUAAAAGAAUCAUGUUUCUAUGACCAUGCCAAAGCUAAAAAGAAAAAAAUGCAAAUGAAGUUCAUAUGGCUGACUGGUUAUUUUUGCAUUUCUGGAAAUAAAAGUAUGCACAUUC